CCAGCCGGGAUGCGGGAUGGCAGGCGCGGCCAGCAUGCCCGGCAGGACCACGGGCUCCACUCUCCUGCACCCGCUCAGCCAGGGGCUGGGCAUCCCGCUGGAUCAGGUCAAUUUUGUUGCUUGUCAGCUCUUUGCACUUUUGGCAGCAUUUUGGUUUCGUCUGUACUUAAGCCCUAGUCGUGCCAGUUCUGGUGUCCGCCAUGCGUUUGCCACAGUUUUUGGAAUAUCUUUUGCUGUUUUCUGCUUUGGUUGGUACUCCAUCCAUAUUUUUGUGUUAGUGAUAUUGAGCUAUGGUGUCAUGAAUAUGGCCAGUAUUCCCAACAUUCAUAGGUACUCCUUUGUAGUAGCUAUGGGAUACCUCACUGUGUGUCAUGUUAGCCGGAUAUACAUAUUCCACUAUGGUAUUCUCACGACAGACUUCUCUGGGCCACUGAUGAUUGUAACCCAGAAGAUCACGACUCUUGCCUUCCAGGUGCAUGAUGGAAUAGGCCGGAAAGUGGAAGACUUAUCAAGUGAGCAAAAUCAGCUGGCUGUGAAAAUAAGACCUUCUUUGCUGGAGUAUUUGAGCUAUCUGCUCAACUUUAUGAGUAUCCUGGUGGGGCCAUGCAGCAAUUACAAGGACUACAUAGCUUUCAUUGAAGGGCGACAUGUGCAGAUGAAGCUUUUGGAAGUCAACUGGAAGCCAAAUGGGAAUGAUAAACUUCCUGAGCCUUCUCCAAUGGGAGCUGUUCUGCACAAGCUCUGCAUUGCCCUUGUAUCACUGCUUUUGUUCCUGACAUUUACCAAGAGCUUUCCCGUUGCGUACAUUGUUGAUAGCCAGUUUAUCGAUAAGCCUUCUUUUUUGACAAGACUUGGCUACUUGUAUGUUGUUAUGCAGGCUUCAAAGCCAAAAUACUACUUCGCGUGGACCCUCGCUGAUGUGAUCAACAAUGCAGCUGGCUAUGGGUUCAGUGGUGUUGAUGAAAGAGGCUGUUUCCACUGGGACCUAUUGUCUAAUCUAAAUAUCUGGAAUAUUGAGACGGCAACAAGUUUUAAAAUGUAUGUAGGAAACUGGAAUAUACAGACCACUGCCUGGCUUAAACGCGUGUGCUAUGACAGAGCUCCUUGGUACCCUACAGCUCUAACGUUUCUUCUCUCAGCUGUUUGGCAUGGCAUUUACCCUGGAUAUUAUUUUACAUUUAUCACUGGAAUCUUUAUGACACUAGCAGCCAGAAUGAUCAGGAACAAUUUCCGGCAUUUCUUCACGUCUUCAAAGACUCUGAAGACGAGCUAUGAUGUUGCUACUUGGUUGAUAACUCAGCUGUCUGUCUGUUAUACCGUGGCCCCAUUUGUCCUGCUCGCCGUUGAGCCCACCAUUAAAUUAUACAGGUCACUUUACUUCCAUAUGCACAUUUUAUGUUUUUUCGUGCUGUUGGUGUUGCCAAAGAAACCUGAGGGCCACAGCAAAAGGCAGCCUUCAUCUGAGAUGAGUUCCUGCAUAGUCCCUGCACUUGAUAGGUCGUCUGGAGCUUCUGCUCCAAGCCAGAAGGUCUAUCUUAGGAAGAAAAAGUGCAAGAAAAAAAGAAAGGAUACUUCCCAGGACAUGGUCUUCCCUCCAAGUUCCGCGAAGAUCAGGAAUCCAAAGGAGACGGAGGUUGAAGAAGCCAGAGGUAGAAGACAGAGCCGGCCACCCAUACUUCGAAGCACCAGAAGGGAGAACAUGACCGCAUCCCUGGACAUCGAGGAGCAGCUGCCUAUAGCCCCCGAGGCUUCGGGGGUUGGGCAGCAGAGCAUUCAGCAGCUGGGAAUCGCGCCGCUGAAACGGGACGACAGCGCCUCCAUCGCGGGACCGGCUGAUCGCGAGGAGCCGGCCCCCGCGGGAACCCCUUCACGUGGCUCAAGAUUGCGGUGCGCAAACGACGGCGGUGGCCGCAAGCGUGCACAACCCAAGGGGUCCAGCUUACCACCACGGACCAAGAAGGUGGCUGGCGGAGUGGCCAUCGGAGACAACAAAAAGGGAAAAUGCCGCGGGAAAGCCAUGCGGCUGGCGAGCCCAGCAGGGGAGGAGCGGGACGGGAUCGUUCCGGUUCCCAUGUCACCCCAUGCACCGGUACCGGGGCUGAUCCCAGGCCAGCCGGGGGCCCCGGACAGAACGUCCACGGCCAAGUCUCAACCCAGAUGCCGGCAGAGGCCCCAGCACAGCACAGCGGCUCGGGGCCUGCACAAUCCGCACAACCCAGCAGAUCAGGGCUGGCGCAGCCCAUUCCCUUCGUGCCCUGGGGAAAUCCAGGACCACCAGGACCAUGGGCGGCGACAGGGGGCACGCAGCCAGCAUUAUUUCAACCCCCCCAGGCCCAAACUUAACCAACAGCCCCGACGCUUGCCUCGGCCACCACAGGGAUUCGGCAGCACAGAACAGGGCUGCUUCGUCCCCCAGUCUUUCCAUCGGGACAUCCCUGGCUGUGGCUUUUUGUAG